AUGGUCUCAAAUCGCUCGGCUAAUCAAACUGAGGUGAAGGGACCCACCGUACGCCAAUUCUGCCUCGCAGUCCGCGGCCCGCCACCACGCAGUAAAAAAGUGAAGAGAUGGGCUGCGUGUUACACGGGAGACCGAGAUGGUGAUUUGAGCACGCACCAUCUGUACUGGCGGCCGUGGGGCUACUGGACUAAAGGUAGGCAAUAGCAACUGCGCGACAACCUGUGGAACGAUUCCGUGGGGCCCGACGAGACGUGGGUGCCAGUCAUCUCGCCGGUCGACGGGACUCUGGUCAAGGGCUGGUUCGCGAGCUCCUGCGGCGCCAUCAUGAAAAAUGACGGCACGAUUGAUCGGGGGACUCCUCGUACUGGUAAAGACAAGGGCAUGUUCCAAAUGACCUUCCCGUUUGGUCGGGGACAUUUGGUCCAUCGCGUCACCUGCACGUCGUUCCACGGCCAUAGGGAUACGGAUUUGUGGUGUGUCGAUCAUAUUUUAACCCGCAGUCAUCACCCGGACGAGCAGUUUCCCGGCCGCUCAAGCAACCUGCGAUGGCUCCCGAAACACAAAGAGCUAGCCGCUCGAGUCGGCCUGCCGACGAACGCGGCGAGAAAAGAUGGGGAGCCGUGGCGGUUUGAUCAAUAUAAACUAGUAGCGGCCGAGAAGAAUGGCAUUCCCUACUGGAUUCGCCAGGUCGGGACUAAAGGCUGGACCUUUGUCCGGUCGUAAGAUGCGCUGUACUUCCUCUUCACCGGACUAAGUCCGAGGAACUUUAAACUUACGAAGUACUGGUUUAAAUAUCAACUUUACGAGGCCAUUGCGCACCGCAAAUUUGGCAGCGGGUGUCUACCAGCGUCGGAGAACGAGCUUCGCGGAACCCUCGUUCGGGAAAGCGACGGUCUGCGAUACGAGGUCACGAACACGAAGCCUAAGCCCCCCAACGUCGUCAUCGGCGAGUAUGAACCCGACCACGCCGCGUACCAGCGCGCCCUCGCCCCGCGGCCGCGACCGACGCGGAUGACGGAGGAAUUACCUACAGCUGUCGCUGGAUUGGCGAACUGCAUGGUCGCAUCGGAUCCGGAAACUGCGCCGACUGGCGUAGCAGCGCCACGGCCCACGCCGCCGACCGUCUUCCAACGCGCCGCCACCGCGCGGCCCGCGCCGCGGCCGCGGCCGACGUUGCAGACCGUCGUACCGCUUCCGGGCCAGUCCAUCGAAGAGGCCCUCGAGGAGGCCGAGCUCCGCUACGUCGAGGACUUUCCUGAGGAGUUCAUCGGGUCCGACGAGGAGGAGGCGCCAUCACUCUAUGCUAUUUUUAGAGAUGUGGCACCCGAGCUUUUGGCGGACAACGUCGAAUCCGAUAUUUUGAGAGAGGCUGCACCCGAGCUCUUGCCGGACGAGGCACCCGGCGACGACGCAAGCGCGGACGGCUUGCCCGAGGCCGGCGCUGCGGCGGACGUCGCUCUCCCAAGAUGGGACGCCGACGCGGGCGAGUGGAUUCACCCGUCACUGGUGAAGGCGCCGUGUCGCAAGCCAGCGGGUUCGCGGUCACGACCGAGAACCUCCAGCAAACAGGCCGGGCCAAAGCUUCCGUUACUAUCCGAUCUCAAGGCAAGGUGUAAGGCGCAAGGUCUCAAAUAAAGCGGCUCGCGGCUGGACUUGCUCGCGCGGUUCACAAACCCAUCGGAACAGGACUAUGUACACAGCACACGUAGCGCCUGGUAGCGCGAGGAGGACGCCGCCCUCGUCAAGCUGGUCGAGCAGCACGGCACGAAGCGCUGGGCGUUAAUUAGUCGAGAACUGAACACGCAGAUUUCAGGGAUACGAACGUGCAAACAAUGUAGGGAAAGGUGGGUAUACAAACUGGACCCUACGAUAAAGAGCGACCCCUGGUCGCCGCAGGAGGAGCGCACGAUUCGUGAUGCGCAGCGGCAGCUGGGCAACAAGUGGGCGGAGAUCGCCAAAUUACUACCGGGUCGAUCGGACCUCGCCGUCAAGAACUACUGGUACGCGUCCGUCCGUAAAAAUCAACGGCGGUUGAAGAAGAAGGAGAAGAAGAAGAAGAAGAAGAAGAAGAAGAAGGACUGCCAGGACGGCCGGCCGCCGCCGGGAGCCUUGGUCGCCCAGACGCCCACGCGGCCCAUCGUCGCGGCGCCGCCACCAAGUGCCGCGCCCGACCCGGCCGCAGCGCUGGGCCAACACUGA